CCAGCUGUCAAAGUUUGCGUUCGGCUGCUUCCGUCUUUCAUCGUCCGUCGUCCGUCGACGUUCUUUUCGAGUACAUUUGCCAAGAUGCCUCCGAAGAAGGACACCAAGGGAGCGGCAAAGCAGCCGCAAAAGACCCAGAAGAAGAAGGAGGGGUCCGGCGGCGGCAAGGCCAAGAAGAAGAAGUGGUCCAAGGGAAAGGUUCGCGACAAGCUGAACAACCAGGUCCUGUUCGAUAAGGCCACCUACGAGAAGCUCUACAAGGAAGUGCCCGCCUACAAGCUGAUCACCCCGUCCGUCGUGUCCGAACGUCUGAAGAUUCGCGGAUCGCUGGCCAAGCGCGGCCUUCGGGAGCUGUGCGUCAAGGGACUGAUCAAGCAGGUCGUUCACCACCACGCUCAGGUCAUCUACACCCGCACCACCAAGGGAGACGAUCCGGUGGCGUAAGCUUGGGAUUUAUCAAUCCUAUGUGUAUUUGUUGAACUGGCGCGCGGAGGUAGGUUAAGGCGGAACAUUUUUUUCCCGGGUGUGUGUACCAUCCACAAGAGAAUGUCAAAGAGGACGGAGCAAAAAAAUAUACUUACUGCUAAGUAAAGAAAGCCUGAAGAGC